AUGUGUCCUCUGGGUGUUUCUGCACCUAGACAAAGCAAGUUUCAAAGCAUCUACCAUCUUUUCCUUUUUCAUGCACACCCAUUUUGGCUCCAAGUGUUGUACUUCCUCUUCAUCUCCCUCUUCGGUUUCCUGAUGCUGAAAGCUCUGCCCAUGAAGACCGGCAUGGUCCCAAGGCCCCUGGACUUGGACCUCAUCUUCACGUCGGUGUCGGCGACGACGGUGUCGAGCAUGGUCGCCGUCGAGAUGGAGUCCUUCUCCAACUCGCAGCUCCUGCUCUUGACCCUCCUCAUGCUUCUUGGUGGUGAGGUUUUCACCAGCAUCCUUGGCCUAUACUUCACCUACACCAAGUCCGAGAAGAUGGCAGCAACGGCUGAGUAUAGCGAUAAACCGCCACCAAUUUCUACCCCGGUAGAGCUCGCUGCCAUGGACGUCGUCGUCAUCAACCCAGCCACCGCGCAGAACCAGAUGGAGCUAGGAUUAGAUCAGAAGAAACGCAGUUGCACUCACACGUCGUCGUCGUCGCCGUCGUCUAUGACUAGGUUAUUAAUGUUCGUGGUGAUGGGUUACCACGUGGUGGUGCACCUCGCCGGCUACACGCUCAUCGUCGUCUACCUCAGCGUCGUCUCCGGUGCGAGGGCCGUGCUCGCCGGGAAGAGGAUCAGCCCGCACACCUUCUCCAUCUUCACCGUCGUCUCGACGUUUGCGAACUGCGGCUUCGUGCCGACGAACGAAGGGAUGAUCUCGUUCAGGUCGUUCCCCGGCCUCCUCCUCCUCGUCAUGCCGCACGUCCUCCUCGGGAACACGCUCUUCCCCGUCUUCCUCAGGCUGGCCAUCGCUGCGCUCGAGAGGGUCACCAGGAGGCCGGAGCUCGGUGAGCUGCGGCGGCGGAGGGGCGGCGGCGGCGGCUGCUGCGACGUCGACUACGACCACCUGCUGCCGGGCUCGCGCACGUGUUUCCUGGCCCUCACCGUGGCCGUGUUCUUGCUGGUGCAGCUGGUCCUCUUCUGCGCCAUGGAGUGGGGCAACGAGGGGCUGCAGGGGCUCACCGCCGGCCAGAAGCUCGUCGGCGCGCUCUUCAUGUCGGUCAACUCCAGGCACUCCGGCGAGAUGGUGGUCGACCUCUCCACUGUGUCGUCGGCCGUCGUCGUUCUCUUCGUGGUGAUGAUGUACCUGCCACCUUACACUACCUUCCUACCAGUCCAAGAAAAACACCAGCAAACGGGAGACCAGUCCGGCCAGGAGCGCAGAAGCAGCAGCAGCAUAUGGCAGAAGUUGCUCAUGUCGCCGCUCUCAUGCCUAGCCAUCUUCACCGUCGUCAUCUGCAUCACGGAGCGGCGGCAGCUCGCCGACGACCCCAUCAACUACAGCGUCCUCAACAUCGUCGUCGAGGUUAUCAGUGCGUAUGGCAAUGUGGGAUUCAGCACGGGGUACAGCUGCGCGAGGCAGGUGAGGCCCGACGGCAGCUGCAGAGACCUGUGGGUUGGGUUCUCGGGGAAGUGGAGCUGGGAAGGGAAGCUCACUCUCAUGGCCGUCAUGCUCUACGGAAGGCUCAAGAAGUUCACCAUGCAUGGUGGUCAGGCAUGGAAGAUCGACUAA